ACAUUAAUUAAAUAUCAUCUUAUCAUAAAUUAGUAAUUAAAUUGUAUAUUAUCUGUUUGUCCAUUAAUAUAUUCACUAAAAGUACAACAAUAAAAUUAUUUGGAGAAGACGUUUUCUCAAACACGAUUCAAAAUGAAAUUACGAUUUUUUGUCUUAUUGCUGUUGGUAACAGUACUAGCCGCAUUAGGUAAAUCUUCACCGAUAGACGAAGCACCUACUGAAUCAGCAUUGACUGAUGAUUCUUACCAACCAGAUCCAGAAAACACAUCAGGUGGUACAUGUGACCCCGAUACUUCUAGCUGCAUCAAAACAAGAGCCUUCAGUGGACUGAUUGGUAUUGCAAAUGGAUUUGGUUAUGCUGCCAAGGCUGCCAUAAAAUCAUUUGUUGGAGUGAUAAAGAAUAUAAUUGGUAGACAAGACGAUGAAAAGCCUAUAGAGAUAUAUGUCCCUCCCCCUCCACAAGAUGUUGGAAUUAUUGCUGUUAAAUAAGUCUACCAUCAUAAAGCUACAAUACAUCGUUGUUUCAUAAGAACCCGUUCACAUGACAAGCGCUUAUGACUUAAAACGCUCGUUGGAAUGUGAACGGUCUCAAGUAAAAUGUAUGUAAUUGUAGCGGUUAUAGCGUUGGUUAGCGUUGUAGCGGUAGUAACAAGCGCUUGUCAUGUGAACGGGUUCUAACUCAAAAAGUUACAAAUAUAUGUUUACUAAAAGCG